AUGCUGAUAUGUAACUAUGAGAAUAUAACUGAUAUGAGCCGAAGGCAUUUGUAUACAGGCGCGAAUACGAUUAAGCUUGGUGUACUUCCUUGUUUCGACGUGGUUUACGUGGAAAUGCGUAUAAAACGAAUCGAAAUAGAUGGCUUUAAAUCAUAUGCCCAGCGACAGAUUAUUGAUGGUUUCGAUGCACAAUUUAAUGCAAUCACAGGUUUAAACGGUUCGGGCAAGUCAAAUAUUCUGGAUGCUAUUUGUUUCGUUCUUGGCAUUUCCAAUUUAAGUCAGGUCCGUGCUGCACAGCUUUCGGAUCUCGUUUAUAAGCAAGGUCAGGCUGGUAUCAGCAAAGCUACAGUAACAAUUACGUUUGAUAACACGGACACGUCUAAUCGUCCUGUUGGCUUCGAUAAAUAUGAUGAAAUCAUUGUUCGGCGGCAAAUAGUAAUAAAUGGUCGAAAUACAUAUACCAUCAAUGGUGCUGCAGCGACAAAUAGCAGAGUUGCAGAUAUGUUUCGUACAGUUGGCUUGAAUGUAAACAAUCCACAUUUCUUAAUCAUGCAAGGACGAAUCACAAAAGUCCUUAAUAUGAAACCGAUGGAGAUCUUAGGAAUGAUUGAAGAAGCGGCAGGAACGCGAAUGUAUGAAGCAAAAAAGCAAAGUGCUGUACGUACAAUAGAAAAAAAGGAAGGAAAAAUGGCUGAAAUCAAACAGCUGAUGGAGGAAGACAUCCUUCCACAGGUGGAGAAGUUGAAACGAGACCGUAGUAAUUUCCUUGAAUAUCAGAAAAUUGGGCGAGAGCUUGAAGCACUUCAACGGAAGCUUAUCGCAUUUGAUUUCAUGAGCUCGCUGACCCACAGCCGUACGUUACAAGAUGAUAUCGCUACCGUGAAAAAGCAAAUUCGCGAAGUUGACAAAGUGAUUUACGAUACAAAAGAAGAAUUGGAUAGGAAAGAACUCCGUCUUAAAGAACUCGAAGAUAACAAGAAUAAUAAAACUGGAAGAGAAAAAAAGGAAAUUGAAGACCAUAUUAAAAGUACGAUGGCAGCAUUAACGGCAGCAGAGGCAAAUCGUGAUGCUAUGCGUGAUAAGGAGAAAGAAACGAGAACUGCUAUUGAUCGCAAGACGAAAAGUAUUCAGUCGGACAAGAGUGAACUAGAAAAGAAAUGCCAGGAACUAAAAAAACUUGAAACUGAAAUUGGUGGUGAAGAAAGGCGUGGCAAAGAGGCAGAGGAAGCGGUAAAACGUGCACGAAAUAAAAUGGAAGCGUUAGCGAAAGGCAUGAUCACUGAUGAGGAUGGACACGCCGUUACUUUAGAUGCUCAGCUAACAGCGCAGCGAAGCGCACUGAGUGCGUUGGAGACGAAAAUAAAAACCGCUCAGAUGAGGUUGAAACAGCUAGAACCAUUACUGGCAAAAAAAAAAGACGAACUGAAUGCAGUUACUAGUCAGACUGAUUCGGAAGAACGUAAGCGAUCAAAUUUAGAGCAACAAAUACGAUCCAUAGAGGCUAAAUUAAAUGAAUUAAAUUUCGAUGAAGAAAGUGGACUUCAAAUUGCCAACGAACGCCGAACGCUUUCUGCAGAACGCAGUACUUUGGCUGAUGCUGUAAUGGAUUUUGAAGCUCGAAAUCCAUAUUUGAAAUUCGACUAUUCGGAUCCAUAUCCAAAUUUUGACCGUGGUUUAGUUAAUGGAAUUGUUGCUAAACUAUUCCGAAUUCGUGAUUUUCGAUUUGCAACCGCUUUGGAAGUUGCUGGUGGUGGGGCCCGUAAUAUUGGGCAAAUCAUGCUCAAUGGGUUGUAUAAUGUCAUCGUACAAAAUGCCCAAAUUGGCCGAGAUUUAUUGAAAAAUGGUAAUUUGAAACAUCGAGUAACUAUUCUGCCCUUGGACAAAAUCGAAGGUCGUGUGCUUGAUAGUCGUAAAUUGAAGCGCGCACAAGAUUUGGUUAGUUCACAGAUUUUAAAAGAUGUGGUUGGCAAGGAAAAUGUUUUCAUAGCAAAGGAUUUGAUUGAAUAUGCACCGGAACUGGAACCAGCUAUGUGUCAUGUGUUCGGCAAUGUUUUCAUAUGCACAAGUGACAGUGAUGCGAAGAAGGUAACGUUUGAUGCUCAUAUCAAUUCAAGGUCAGUAUCUUUGGCUGGCUCUGACUUCAAUCCUGGUGGUGUGCUAACUGGAGGAUCGCGCAAUAACAAGAUUGCUCUUUUGGCAUCUCUAGAUACCACACUAAAAAAUAUUGAACGUAUCACUGAAAUCGAUUAUUAUCUGCGUCAGUUGGAAGAUCAAUUAAAAAAAUUAGCACCAAUUCGGCAGCAGUAUAUUGAACUGAGUGGCGAGCAUGGGCAGUACUCCAGACGUCUUCAAGCUAUCAAAGAUAAUAUGAAACACAGUGCUGCUCAAAUCUUACGCAAUGAAAUUGCUGAUAUCGAAUUGGAAAUUCCACAGUACCGAAACGUAGUAGAAAAUGGCAAUGUGGAACGGAAAAAACUGGAAGAAAAAAUCGGUGUUUUAAAUGAACGAAAAAAGAAUGAAAAAAUGUUCCAGGAAAAAGAAAAAAAAGAAGCACAAAAAGAUUUGAGUACAGCAGAAAAAGAUUUGGCGAGCUUGAAAAGCAGUUUUGAAAAGGCAAGAGUUUCGCUCGAAACGUUGAGAGAAGAAAUAGCUUCACUGCAAAAGACAAUUGCUGAAGACGAAGAGGAAUUAUCAGUUUUUCUAAAGGAAACUAAACAAGGUGUUGAAGAAAUAACUGUUCUGGAAGGUAAUGUUGCAAAAGCUAAGGAAGCGGCGGAAGAGGCUAAAAAAGAAAUGCAGAAAUUCACGGAAAGGAUGCGUGAACGUGAUGCUUAUAUACGAUCUGUAGUAGAAACUGUGAAUGCACUUAAAAAAAGCUUGAAGGAAUCUGAUCUUAAAAAAGAACAACUGCAGAAAGACAUUCAGGAUAUGAAAAAAAAUGUUGAAGAUUGUGCUAGAAGGGCAGCUAGAUUGGAGAAGCAGCAUAGUUGGAUUGUAGAAGAAAAACAUCAUUUUGGUCAAACUGGUACUGCUUAUGAUUUUACCGACUAUUCGAUCCAAAAGGGUCAGAAAGAGCUGGAUGAUAGGACUACUCGAAAACAUGCACUGGAAAGAAGUAUCAAUGCAAAGGCGAUGAAUAUGUUGGGUACUGCGGAAGAGCAAUGUCGACAAUUAGAAGCCAAAAUGGAACAGUUGAUGAAUGAUAAAGCGAAAUUGUUAGAUGCAAUUGAAAAAUUGGAUAUCAAAAAGAAAAAUGAAAUUAUUAAAGCUCAUGAAAAAGUGAAUCGAGAUUUUGGUAACAUUUUUUCUACGUUACUGCCUGGAACAAGUGCAAAAUUGGAGCCUCCUACCGGUGCCACUUCGGCAUUGGGUGGUUUAGAAGUAAAGGUUGCUUUCAGAAACAAAUGGAAAGAUUCACUUGGCGAAUUGAGUGGUGGUCAGCGGUCUUUAGUGGCCUUGUCAUUAGUAUUGGCAAUGCUGAAAUUCAAACCUGCUCCAAUUUAUAUUCUGGAUGAAGUUGAUGCUGCUCUUGAUUUGUCACACACUCAAAAUAUUGGUGCUAUGAUCAAAACACAUUUCAAAGAGUCACAAUUUAUAAUAGUAUCACUGAAAGAUGGAAUGUUCAACCAUGCAAAUGUACUUUUCAAAACUCGAUUUGUUGAUGGUACCUCCACAGUGAUCCGUACCGAGAACAAAGAUCAGUGGAUUAUUGAUGAACCGAUGGAAAUACGUGGUAUUGAGAAAGAGAAUGACAGUCAUAUUCCGAAAAAAAGACGAAAAGAAUGA